AUGGACGAACUGUACCUUGCUCUUCUUCUCCAGGUCCAGGCCAACAUCCUGCAAGAAGAGGUUCUCCAAAACAUUUUGAAGAUAAGGAGACUGAUACGAAAAAGGCGUAGACGUCGGCCACAGGUCUGGAUUCGUAGUUGGCUUACUGAACAGCAGAGACUUGACCACAGUCAAUACUAUAGGCUGGUCCAGAAGCUGAGGACGGAAGAUCCAAAUUACUUCAAGAGCUACAUGAGGAUGCCCCUGGAGCUCUUUGAUGAGAUCCUCGAGAGGGUAAGACCUGCUAUCAGCGGACCAGGCACCAAUACCCGUGCAUCUCUCGAUCCUGGCUUGAAGUUGGCACUGACGUUAAGGCACCUAGCAACUGGGGACCAGUACCCGAGUCUCGGAUUCAACUACAGAGUCAGCAAGACAGCCAUCUGCCGUGCCAUCCCCAAGGUGUGUGAAGCCAUCGUGGAAGCCUACAAGGAAGAAGUGAUCAAGUUUCCAACCUCACCUGGUGAGUGGAAAAAACUGGCAAUGGAAUUCGAGAGGAGGUGGCAAGUACCCCAUGCUAUAGGGGCCCUGGAUGGCAAGCACAUCAAGAUCAAGCAACCUGCAAAUUCUGGCAGCGAGUACUGGUGCGUGUAUAAGCACUGCUAUUCCAUCAUUCUCAUGGCACUCGUUGACGCAGAUUACAAAUUCAUCUGGGUGGACACUGGUGGUGUUGGACACAUGUCAGAUGCUCAGAUAUUCAAUGAGUCAGAGUUGAAAGAGUGCAUUGAGAACGGUACCGUGUGUCUUCCACCAUCUGAACGACUCCCGCAGGAACAAGAAGCAGAUGAAGAUGGUGCAGUUGAAAUCCCCUACUUCAUUCUCGGUGACGACGCUUUCGCCUUGAGGACCUACAUGAUGAAGCCAUGGUCCAAGAGAAACAUGACCAAGGAGGAACUCGUCUAUAACUAUCGCAUCUCCAGAGGGAGGCGGGUAGUUGAAAAUGCAUUUGGUAUUAUGGCCAAUAGGUGGAGGUGCUUGUUGACCACUUUGUACCAGUCUCCUGAUGUGGUGAGAAGCAUUGUCGAAUGUUGCGUCGUUCUCCAUAACCUAAUGAGGAUUAGGAACCCUGCAAUCCACAGUGCAGAGGUGGAUCAUGAGGAUCGGAACUACAAUGUCAUCCCUGGAAUCUGGAGGCAAGAGGUAGACGUGCAUAAUACUGAUAACCCACCCCCAGACACGGGCAGGAACCGCGCCACACAGGCUGCCAAGGAUAUGCGCCUGUACCUCCAACGGUACUUCAAUGACCAGAGGAGAGGAGGGGUUCCAUGGCAGGACCAGAUGAUCACCUUAAACAGGCACUAG